AAAACAAUCGGAUAUAUAGUUGAUUUUGUUUUCAUUAACAACCGGAUAUAUAGUUAGUUUAUUUUGCCGUCAAUUUGCUUUCAAGUGAAGCAGACCUCCUUCCUAAUCGUAUACAAAUGCGAAAAAACCGCCAUUGAAAUACUCAUUUCAAGGUCAUGUCUCGAACCCUAAAUAUCAUCUCCAACAACGUUCAAGGCUAUGGACCAUCUGAGAGCACCUCUCUCCCGUGCUUGGGAGUUUCUGGAAGGGCAGUCAGUGUAUCAACGUGUCCCCGAAACGAAUAUAAAAUUGCUCAGGUGAAAAUAAUGUCGUCAAAAUGUUCUUUGAAACAUAAGUCUUUUAUCUGCCAGGCAAAUAAUGGUGGUUAUAGAAGAAAUCCAGACUUCCCUAGGCAUAACAGGUCUGGCUACUCCCGAAAUAGGAACCGGGUUAAUGAAGAGAAGGACAACUCUGAGAACCUUGAUGAAUCUGAGUUCUUAUCAACUAAAAAUGGGCCAUUACUUUCUCUUUCUAAUAGCCCAAAGUCCCAGGCUACUGCUACCCCAGGACCAAGAGAAAGGGAAAUAGUUGAACUUUUUAAGAAGGUUCAGGCUCAACUUCGACAAAGAGCAGUUGUCAAGGAAGAGAAGAAGCUUGAAGCUGUCAAAGGGCAAAAUAAAGAGAGCGAAACAGUUGAUUCUUUACUUAAGCUUUUGAGGAAGCAUUCAGUUGAGCAAGGUAAAAGAAAAGUGAAUGGUGGUGGUGCAAAUGAUUUCAAUUUUGAUCAUCCAAGACAGAGUGGGCAAUCCAAUGAGGAUAAGAGCAAAAGCUUUUUCAGUUCCAGUAGUAUUGUUAGGGAAGAGCCUCAAGAAACCAAUAAGCCUUCAUUUACACGCCCACCAUCUGAAUUCCGGCGAAGGUCUCCAGUUCCUAGGAUCAAGUAUGAGCCAAUCAUCUCACAUUCAGAUCUUGAUGCAAGGACGGAUGAAGAGACUCUUAGUGAACUUGACCCGGAGGCUGAAUCAGAUUCUGAUCUAGAGCCGGAUAUGGAUCUGGAGUCUGGGCUAGAGCUAGAACAUGAUGAGGAGAGAGAGGAGGAGGCUGAGGUAGAUUUGGAGGCUGAAGCUGAAUUUGUGGAAAGAGCUACAGUAAGUAAAUUGUCAGAGGCUGAGGUAGAUUUGGAGGCGGAAGCUGAAUUUGUGGAAAGACCUACAGUAAGUAAAUUGUCAGAGGCUGAGCUUUUAGAUGCCGAAGAAGAUAUUAUUGACGAGGAAGAUGCAGAAAAGGAGCAUACUGAAGACUUGAAUGCUAUGAAGCUAACGGAGUUGAGGGCGCUUGCAAAAUCUCGAGGCAUGAAAGGGUUCUCGAAGUUGAAGAAGUCUGAGCUUGUUGGUCUGCUCAGUGACGAUUCCAUGUAAUCCUUGAUGAGUAAUGCACUUUUACUCGUCUAGAGUUUAAUGAGAUUUCUCCUUUUUGGAUUUGAAUUUCAGUGUUCAGUUAUUAGGUGAAAUGAGCUAUUUGUUCUAUAGGAUAGGCGCUGAUAAAUUAUUUCCCUCCCUUCUAUCAAAAUGUUUGAAUCUGGAGACCAAUUUGUAUUUUGGUUAAACUUGCCAUUUUUGUUGGUUUUCUGUUGGGUUAAGAAGGAAAUUCAGGAUUUGUGACUGGAAUUUUCUUGUUUUGCA